AUGAACGACCCUAGCUCUUCCCACUCUUCACCUCCGGAUCUGUCAAUUGUUCCUGUAAAAAAUUGUCAAAUUUGUGGUAAAGAAGGUCAUGGAAAUCAUUUUGGAGCGAUCACGUGCAGAGCAUGUGCAGCGUUUUUCAGACGGUUUUGUCUCAAAAAUAACUUCAAAGCGUGCAAAAAAAACAAUAAGUGUAAUGCCCCGACUAGUGGAUGGUUCAAUUGUAAAAGUUGCCGACUGCGAAGAUGUAAAGAUAUUGGAAUGACUAGUCACAAUUUCCAGUAUGAUCGAGAUUCUUUCCAACAUCAGAACUCUAAGCCCAAUAAGAUUCAGAAAAAAAUUCCACCUACUAUGAGCACUUUUCUCGGUCGACCCAACCUUAUAAUAUAUACUGCUCCUCAUCCCGACUCUUUUGACGAACAGUCUAAAUACAUGAUUGAUAUGCACUUCCUUAUAGAUAAGGCAUCAGACAUUUUGAAAAAGGGAUCUGAAACUCCGAUUUAUGCUCCAAACAAUCUUGAGAAACUAGCUUUGGGUCUUCAACAAGUCCGUGGUACAACAGGAAAGAAAGCGAUGAUUUUACAAAAACUUGGGAAGGAAGAAGUGUUUGCUUUAUGGGAAGACGAAAUGCUAAAAGUUGCCAAGUGGUUAACCUACUUCGACGAGUUUCAGAGGUUAUCAUCUAAGCUACAGAUGGACAUGCUAAAAGGUGUCUGGCAUGUGUUUGGUCGUCUUGAAAAACUCGCCACCACUGCAAUCGCUCGGCGAGAGAAAGUGUGCGGUGAAAACAUGUUGAUGGCAUACGUGGAAGAAGACCUGGUCUUCUGUGAUAUUAAAAACAUAGAGGUUGACUUAUCCUGGUGCUCUAGAUACACGUUCGAGCAGUUGAAGUUCUUCGAUUCUCAUGAUCAUGAAAAACAGUUAGGCAUCCUUGUCCAGGCGAUUCUGGAUCUUCAACCAACAGAUGUGGAAUUAUCCUAUAUGUUAUGCCAACUAUGUUUCCAUCAAGUCGGGAAAAAGUAUCAAGGAGAACUUCUUGAAGUGACUGACAGGUUUCAAGAUAUCCUCUCAAAUAAUUUACACGACUAUUAUGUGAACCGUUUGAACCAAUCAAAGUAUUCAAUGCGGAUCUCUAAUAUGAUGAAGAUAAACAACGCAAUUGAGCAAUGCAUCUACCGUGACAAAGUGAAAUCUGAAUUGAUGAAAGUCUUCGAUAUCUUCCAUGUGAAAUGCUCUCAUCCAGACCUGUUCUCUAACGCUUGA